GCUGACUCUUCUAGACAGAACCAAAGAAGAAGAAGAAUAAAGAAAAGUUGGUUUAAUCUAAGUAAAAUUGUGUAUAAUCAAAUCAGAUUUAUUGCAUAUUAAUACGUUUUAAAAUCGUAAAAGAUAAGCUAUUAUGUAUUAAACAAAACGGUCAAAAACGAAAUUAUAAAAAUUAUAUAUGUGUCUGGAUCUUAACAUAACAUUGGUGUAUUCGUUGUGUCACGUGAUCAAACAAGUACUCUGCGAGUUCUACUGCUACUAAGUAACUCAAAUUCAACAACAUCGAAAAUGAGCAAAUACGUGAAUCUCGCUAAUUUAACUACAAAUUAUGCUAAGCGAAUGAAUCGUUUAAGCAACAGAAUUUUUGGAGAAGUUGUUCGACCGACCAAUCAAAAAUCCAUGAAAGUUGUUAAACUCUUUAGUGAGAAACCAGUAGAUAAAAGAGAAGAAAUUGUACAAUACUAUCCAAGGCUUAGAGAAUCUCAUGUUUUGAUGAAACAUCUUCGAUGGUAUGGAUUAUUCAGAGAUGAACAUCAAGACUUCAAAGAAGAAUACCAAAGGUUGAGAGAAUUGAGAGGAAAAUCGGCUUGGAAGUAUGGAGAGAAAAAGAAAGACUCAACGAAAACUCUGAAAUAAUUUUUAAGUAUUAUUUAUUUUUAGUUUUU